AGUUUCAUUAAGUUUUGUAAAUUUUCAUUAUUAAACUUUGUUUCUAUAUUAUUUUAAUGUUUGCCAAAUGUGUAUUUAUUAAUAAAUAAAAUAAUUAUUAUUCGUGUAAGAUCUAUAUGUAUAAUUUAUUUUUAAUAAAAAAUAUCUCAUAUGUGUAUCUAAUACGUGAUAGAUAUUGCCAAAGGGUAUUGUGGUUAGAAUUUUAAUUGGAAUAUGUUAUAAGAAAGUGUAAUUUUAUGCUCUCUCUCUUUUUUUUUUUUUUUUUUUUUUUAUAUUGUUAUUAUAAAUAAUGGAAAAGGAAGCAAAAGCUUGUCAAGGAAAGGAUAUUUUUGAGAGAAUGAACUAUUUGUAUCAGGCUAGUCAUUUGAUAGCAUUAAAAAAUAGAGUUGCAGCUUCAUAUUAUGGAAAUACAAUGAUGGGUUGUGCCAAGAAAUCUGUACUGCGCAUAGAACCAAAUAUAAAAAGAACGAUAUGCAAACGAUGCCAAUCUCCUUUAAUACCUGGAGAAACAGCUAGAGUAAGAUUAUGUUCUAAACAUAUGAAAGGAAUUAAAUGGACAUGUUUAGUCUGUUUAAAUAGUAAAAAGUAUCCUACUAAAAGAGGAUACAAGUUAUGGAUAGAUCAGCCAGAAGCAAUAGUCGAGACUCUACAUUAUGUUCCUAAGAAAAUAUCUAUUGACUGUGAUAAGAACGAAAUGGAUAAUAAUAAAAAAUCUGAAUCGUCUAAUAAUAUGAAUAUAGAAAAAAAAAAUUUAGAAAAUAAUCACGACUGAGACAUAAUUUCAUUUCUUGUAUAGUAAAUUUGAUGUACGAAUAUUUUUUAUUAAUCACUUACAUAAAAUAUGUUACAAUAUUACAAUAAAUUUGUAAUUAAUAAACAGACACUUUUGCUAACUGGAAUAUUUAUAACCAUCUAGUAAUAUCAUAAUGCUGAUAAUAGUUUUACAUGUUCAUAGAAAUAACUCGAUCGAAGUUAUAAGUUACUGUUCUCAGAGUACAAGAUAUUAUUUUAAUGGUGACCAUUGAUUGCAGUGAAAUCCAAAGAUAACUGUGCAAUUUUUUUUCUUUCUUUUUUUCUUCUUUUUUUUUUCGUUUUUUUUUUCUUUUUUUUUUUUUUCUUUUUUUGUAGCAUUGAGGACGGUUUUGAAUGAACGCUUGAGAGAUGAUAUUAUAAAUGUCAUGAGUGCAAUGAAUUUUUUUUUGUCUUCUUUUUUUCUUUUUUUUCUUUUCUUUUUUUUCUUUUUUUUUCUUUUUUUUUUUAAUUAAGUUUGAUUCUACUGAAAUUCACUGCAAGCAAUAUCAUGUACCUAACUCACACAACUAUAUCCGCCCAUAUCCAGUAACUUCCAUAACAUUAUAUACGAUACUUAAAACAAAUCAGCAUGCACGAACUCGAGCAUAAUCAAAUCACAGAUUAAUCAGACAAUGUCAGUCAUUUAAUAUCAACUUAAAUAAUUUAAUCUAGAUUAGAUGAUAUGAGAGCUUAGGGCCAUCUACAAACGUAUAAAUGGUUCGUAGAUAAGUAUUCUUAAUAUAUAAUAAUACUAAUUAUAUAGAAUGAACAUUAUUAAUGAUAGUCUUUCACAUUUCCUUUAAUGUUCCUGAAAUUCUGAAUAAAAUAUGAAAAGAUGAGAAACUUAUGGCAUUUAAAUAACGCGACAUAUCUCUCAUAAAAUAAUUAUAUUAAAAAAAAAAGAAAAAAAAAAAAAAAAAAAAAAAAAAUUGAUAUAAAUAUUAAAGUAAUUAAAAAAAAAAAAAAAAAAAAAAAAAAAGAAAAAAAAACAUAAUAAUAGUAAAUAAUAAGAACUGGGCUGGACGGAAUCUACACAUUCACUUAUAUACAUAUAUCUGUCGUGCCAAGCUUCGGUCUUCUAUCUAUUUCCCUUAAUAUUUUUCAUUUAGUAUCUAUGAGCUAGUAUUUUUGAUUUCCCUAAUACUAAAUCUAACGAUAAAUUAUAGAUAGGACUCCAGGUUGGCAACGCACACAUAUAUACAUGCACACACCGGCUACAGGAUAUAUUUUUCUCCAAUAAAUAUAUUGACUAUCAUUCGUCGUUGUUCUUCACACCCUCCCUCCCUCCCUCCCACCCUCCCUCUUACCCUUAACCCUCCCCCAAUCAAAAUUUGGUUUAUGUCAUGUCAUGGGAAUAGCUCAAAUUGAAAUAGAGCAAAGUUUCUUUUAUAAUCGUAGCUGGAUUUCAUUUAUAUUUGGAUUAAAAAAAAAAAAAAAAAAAAAAAGAAAAAAAAGAAAAAGAAAAAAGAGACAAAAAAAAAAAAAAAAGAGGAGAAAGAAAAAAUUUGCUCUUCUUUUACACGCGUCUAUUUGAUCGCAAACGAAUCUAUUUGAUUAUAUCCCGUCUCCGUUCACAGAGGAACACAUUUUUUUACUAUUCUGUUAUUGUCUCAGAGGUGUGUGCAUGCGAGCCUUCUUUUUUUUCUUUUUUUUUCUUUUUUUUUUUUUUCUUUUUUUUUUAAGAGGCGCGUGCAAUAGACAGAGCCGUAGAUUAAAGGAGGUACAACGUACGGCGAUUGAAUUACGUAUAGAUGAAAAAGGAUUCUUUUUUUUUUUUUUUUUCUUCUGCGUCAAUUAUCUUCUCUCUUUCUUUUUCUCUCUCUCUCUCUCUCUCUCUCUCUCUCUCUCUCUCUCUUUAUACUAAUCCCGAAACAAAUUGAGGUUGGCCAUCACGGUCCAGCGUAAGUUGUGGCAUUACAUUUGGCGAUGGUUGAAACGUUGAACCUUGAAAUCCCAUUGCCGAUUCAUAUAACUGAAGAAAAAAUUAUAAAUGUACAAAUGUUAAUAUCCGAGAUAAAAAAAUUCUUAUAGCAAUAAUAAUGAUUUAAUAUUAAAAAUUUUCUAAUAAUUUUAAUGACGCUUAUAAAUGAUAUAUUUAUAUUAAUUUACAAACAUUAUGAUUUCCAGGAAGAGUUGUAUAAUCUGGUGUUGUCGAACGAUGCCUAUUAGCAGGUAAUGGAUGUUGUAUAGUAGCAUAAGUAUUGUCCUGAGAUGUAUCACCCAUACCAAGGCUAACGCUACUACCACGUCUUUCCAAACCAAGACCACCCUCAGAAAGUUUCUGUAAUGUUGUGACCUACCAAUGUCGUAAACAGCAACAAACUACUGUAACUGUAACAGCACCUACUAUUAAAACGACUAAUAAAGCUAUUAAAGCAGCUAAUGCAGGAUCAAAAGGUUCCUCUUGGACUCCGGCAUAAGCUGGCUGAAAUGAAAAAUGUUAAAAGUAAUGUUAGGCCAAGUAUUAACGCCAUUAAUUCUUUCUUUUUUUUUUUUUUUUUUUUUAUUUAAACAAUAAAAUUGUCAGAAUAAAAUAUAUUUACCACUACGUUUUCUAUGGCGAAGCCAGCAUAAUAAUCUUUUAAGAAAUCGUAUUUGGCAUCAAUGACUUUAAGAACAUGUGGAACUGGUGCUAUAGUUUGACUUUUUAAUUCUACAACGUGCAAAUACAUAUCGCACCUAAAAUAAAAUAUUAUUAUUAUUAGAUUUAUUGACAAGAUAAUUGAUGUUAUGUUAAUCAUUUAUUAAUUAUCUUUUACCAUUCUCUACGGAUAUGUCCAGAAGCAUCUACAUGAUAUCUAAUAUCAUCCACGACUACUCUACUUUGAGUAGCAUUUGAUAAUUCAGAUACAAUCUCAUCUCGUUGUCUAUUGACUUCUUCUGGUGGUCGUGAUAAAAUCACUCUUAUCAAUUGCGAUGGCUCAAAUACCCAUACCUUAAUAAUAUAAAUAUAAUUAAUAAAAAUGAAUGAUACAUUCGUAAGAAUUAUUUUAUAUUAUCUUACGUGAACUCUAGUCAUUGCAUAUCUCUCUGGUAUAGCUGUCUCUUUGGCUAUAACUUCGACGAUAAAUCUAUCUUGAUUAUAUUCAGCCAUAUAUCCACUGGUGAUAAGUUUGCCAUCUUGUGUCACAUUGAAUGGACUUGGUAUUAUCGAACCGCUAGGCUUGUCUGAUCCAUAUUUAUAUAAAUUUGCACCUGCUAUAUAAUAAUGAAGGGUACCAUUGUCACCAACAUCUAAAUCUGAAGCUACCACUUUGGUAACAAAAUCAUUAACAUUUGCCAUUGAAUUAAUUCCGGCGUAAUAAUCGUUUCUCUCGAAAAUAGGAGGAUUAUCAUUUUCAUCAAGGAUUGAUAUCGUUACGUUAACAUGACCAUGAUCUGAAUUGAGUGAUAAGGGACGACCUGCCUCCGUUGGAUUGAUAUAUAGAUCAGGAUUGUUGGAUGCGAGAAUAGAGAGAACAUACUUGUCUCUUGUCUCACGAUCGAAAGAUUUAUUUGCAUAUAUACUACCAUCCGAUUUGUCCAUAUAAAAUGCAUAACCUUCGUUACCUAAAAAAAUAUUUCAAAAAAAAAAAAAAAAAGAAAGAAAAAAGGAAAGAAAAAAUUAACGAUAUGAUCCAUUGAGACAUGAUCUUAGAAAUCAUACGAUAAUUACAAACCUGCUUCUAUGUAAUAGUAAACUUUGGCAUGUCUACCCUCAUCCUCAUCUUGUGCAGUUACUUUACCUACAAAAUAAUCUUUAGGACGAUUUUCUGAUAUCUGAAAAUUAUAUUCGUCGUAAAAUUGUGGAACAUUAUCAUUCGUAUCGACCAAUUGAACCGUUAAAAGACGUAAAGCUUCGUAUGCUGUAGGAGUACCAUGAUCAAUUGCCACUAGGACAAGCUAAAAUCAAAAUCGAUGUAUACAUAUAUAUAUAUAUAUAUUUUUUUUUUUUUAAUUUAUACAUAGAAGGAAUAAAAAAUAUAACUUACUUCAAAUUUACUUUUGAUCUCACGAUCGAGUAUGAUCUUCGAUCGAAGUUCACCGGUUUCUUGAUCGAUCGAAAACUCUUCAGUUUCUUGAACAUUUUUAUUUCCAACUUUUAAAUGAUAACUAAUUCGUCCAUUUUCACCGGGAUCUCGAUCGAUAGCUUUUACAGUUAAUAUUAAAUAAUUAGGUACGCCGGCGUUCUAAAAAAUUCAAUUGUUUAUAUAAAAUUUAUUUAUUAUACUUUUGAUUUUGUAAUUAAUAAAAUAAUUACUAUGGUAAAUAUUCAUUAUAUAUAUAUAUAUAUAAAUAUAUAUAUUGUUUAGAAAUACCUCGGGUACUUCGACCGUUGCAUUUGUUAAUUCGGGCAUAACGAAUUGUGGCUUGUGCGUGUUAACUGGUGUCACUCUAAUAUCAACGUAACAUCUAUCAAAAUGUGGUCCAUUACCAGCACCAUCUCUUGCUUCAACUUCGAUUCUAUAAGAACCAGCUCGUCCAAGUAAUGCCGCAGCGGGAUAUAAAAUACCAGUUUCUCGAUUCAAUGAGAAAGAAUCAUUUUCAUUUCCAUGUAUGAUGGUAUACCAAACUUCUCCAUUAAUACCUUCGUCAUGAUCAACAGCUCUCACCUUGAUAAUAAUAAAUAUUAUAAAUGAUAAUUUCGUUCAAUGAUAUAUCAAAUAAAUUUAAAUAAAAUUUUAAUUAAAACAAA